AUGUCCUGUGAUAUCACACGACAACAGCGUAUGCGCGAGGUCCCGAGGGAGCGUCCCGCCUCCUUCUUGCAGCAUACUCGAAACUUCAAGCCACCGGCUUCCGAAGAAGCACCAGGAAGGGUUGCUUCGUUGAAAAGUCGUGCCUCCUUCAACUUGUAA